AUGCGAAACAAUUGGAUUAAGUGCAUCAGACAGGAAAUAAAUGAUUUCAAUUGGCUUCCAUCAAAAAAUGCAAGAAUAUGCAGUGACCAUUUCUGUAAUAAAGAUUAUAAGGGUUAUAAUGGAGAUAGGAAGGUAAUGCUGAAGGAAGCAUUCCCAUGUUUUCAAAAAGGGCAUAAUGACCUUGUGAAUAAUGAACCUUACUUAAGACUGGAAUCAUCAUCAUCAUCACGCCAAUCACCAUUACAAAUACCAGUAGAAACUUUGAGCACACCAUGUAAGCGUAAAAUGCCUCAUGAACCAUCCUUAUCAGCCCACAAAAAAAAUGUGGUACUGGAUCAUAAAUAUUACACAACACCAACUAAAACAAUUAAACAAUAUAAAAAUGUUUGUUCAAGAAUGAGCAUUUUAUACCAAAAAUAUAGAAAUUCGAUGAGAAGAGAAAGCCGGUUGAUUAAUAAAUGCAAACAUUUGAUGGAUGAAUUGAAAGAUUUAAAAUUAAUAAAUGAGGAAAUGUCAAAUAAAUUAGAAGGUUUUGAUGAAAAAUUUCUGGAAAAGUUUAAAAAAGAUAGAACAUAUGGCUCUGAUCAAAAAUCAUUUGCGUUGACACUGCAUUUGUAUGGGCCUAAGGCAUAUGAUUAUCUUCGGACAAACGGCCUACAUCUUCCUCACACUAGAACAUUAAGAAAGUAA